AUGGUGAAGGGUACUGAGAAGAACGCGAGCAGAAGCGGUGCUUUCUCUGCCCAGGAUCAGCCUCUGACAGCACAUCGAGUUUCCAUGACAACAGCCGAUACAGGGAGGGUCCGCUGUUACGAUUGCCAUGGUGACUUCUGCAUCACGGCACUUCAGAACAACCCUGAGCAGGUUAGCCAGUGUGAGACCACGGGGAAAUGCUUCAUACGAGACGACCAAAAUGGCUAUGUUUACCGUGGCUGUACUGACGAGAACUACUAUCCUGGUAUGGACACCAGUCAGAAUGGCUGCCGUACUCACCCCCAGUACUGGGCCCAGGCCGUGUGGUGUCUGUGUGACACAGAACUGUGUAACGGGCUUGACACAGCCACCACGACAACACCUACCACACUGGCACCUAACACACCCUCUACUGUAACAGCUUCCCAACCGACACCGUCAACAACACAACCACCACCGUCAACAACACAACCACCACCGUCAACAACACAACCGCCACCGUCAACAACACAACCGCCACCGGCAACAACCCAACCCACGCCAUCACUCCAACCGACAAGCCCCACAACCACCCAAAUGCCCACCCAGACCGUACCCGUGGUUGUGGAUCUAACCCCUCCCCUUCCGACGACACCUCAAGAACCGUCUGGGGGCGUCACGCAAACUGUUGGCGCUGGCGACGGUACCCCAGUGGAACCAUCCGGCCCAAUUGAUGGCACCCCCGUGGAACCAACUGGACCCAUUGAUGCUACCCCCGUGGAACCAACCGGACCCAUUAGUGGUACCCCUGAUGAACCCCCGAGAACAACGCCCCCGACUAUCCUUAUAAUCCAAGGCACGUCUAGGUCCGGUUCUGGGGCAGUGCCAUCCGGUACGGUGCAAUCCGGUAUGGCGCCAUCCAGUGGGACAGGCGUGACCGGAAGUGGUUCGAGCACAAGAAAUUCCGGUAUGAUACCAAAUGGUGCCGGAGUCAGUCAGGGCACGGAAGUGGGUGCCAACACCUCAGGAAUGAGAGCCACCAGUGGCUCCAUGGCAACCCCCGCUAUAGCCAACCCGCCAACAGCCAUGGGACAGACAGUGCCAGGGUCAAACACCCAAACCCAGCCACCUGCAGGAAAUAACGACAUGAUGACGCUGUUACAGAUGUUAGGCAAUGGGUUAACUAGCAACCUACCGGGACCCAGCAUAGGGUCGGGUGGUGGGACGCCAGCGUCGGUCUCCCCGCCACCUACCCCGGUCAGACCGACGGCGGCAACUCCCUCUACACAGGAUCCAUUCCUAUCCUCUCUACUGGCGGCACUGACCACAACACCAGGUAAGAGAAGAACGCGUUUUAACGCUUACAAUUUUAUCCACAAGCUAGAUUUAUUCAAAAGAGAUGGAAAAAAGAAGGCAACUCGGUUAUUCGCUAACAUUUAUUAUGAUUAA